AUGGGUCCUCCCUCCGAAGAUACUUGUUGCUACUGCUUCGGUAGCACAGGUGGGAAGCCAUACCACCAUGUCAUGUGGAAGUCAUACAAAAUGUGUGUCCAAUGCAAAACCAACUUGAAAAAUUGCUUCUCCUGUGAAAGGAAAAUAAAGGAAAAGAUAUCCUCACGAAGGUGCACCCCUUGCUGUAAAUCAACGUAUGAUAAUUUGUGUGACAUAUGUUGUGAGCUUCCUAUUAUCUGUUGCCAUAAAAAAGUGGGAGAUGUCAUACCUGAAAUUUUGUACCUCCUAGAUUUGUAUAUGGGGAUUAGGGUUCCCCCCAAUUUUAUGACCUAUCAGAAUAUUUACACCUUUAAUAAGGAAAAGUUUAACGACGCGAAUCACCGCUUCACCUUUGAGUAUGACCACAUUGGCUAUGCGCAGAGUGGAGAGUCAACCAAACUCAACGAGGUUUCAGCUCCAGGAGGGGAUUCCCCAAGGAAUGGAGAAAACGACAAGCUCAUUGGAGGAGGAGACUACAAAACGGAACAGAACCAAAAGAGGGACAUAAAAACACUCCUUCGGAAACUAACUCGUUCUAGGCAUGGGCCAAAAAAGAGAAGAAAAAAAAAGGAUAUAAUAAAACAAACAGAUGAAGAAGCACAAAGGGUGAACUUUUCCACCCCUCCAAAAAAUAAUAACUCGGAAAAUAACAAAGUAGAAGGAAGAUAUGGAGGUGGACAUCCCCUUAUGAGCAUUGCGAAAGAGAGGAAGGAAAAUUAUACCGAUUCCGUCUCUCCCCAUAGAAAGCUACCACCUACAGAGGAUAAAAACCAUAUUAAUGAGAAACAAGAGAGAAGGAGAGAACGGAAAUUUCACAAACUGAAGAAAUUGGUUUCCACAAAAUCGAGUCUAUACAACAAGGCAACAGCGCCCCUGUUGGAAUACAUCAAAUUGCUGAGAAGUCGGAAGAAGGAAAGUGGUAAAGAUAGGCGAGGCAGAAUUUCUCUACAAAAGACAGGGGCAACAGAGGAGGGGGAGGAAAAGAACAAUACAACCCCUGAUAUGGAGAAGAAGAAAAAAACGAGAAUCUCGACUCGUAUUUCGACCCGGAUCGAUUCUAAAGCAGCUACCCCAGAGGCUUCCCAAACAGUUUCCAAAACGACUUCCAAAACGGCUUUCAAAACGGCUUCCAGAACGGCUUCCAGAACGGCUUUCAAAACGGCUUUCAAAACUGCUACCGCGACAGCACGGAAAUCCUACCAUCUCGAUCUGGUGCUAUCCUUUUCCAACCAAAUGAAGGAAGAAGAAAUUUUCACACGUCUGCUACACAACGAGCUUAAAUGUACCGAUGUGUUAUACCUACGGAAUAUGUUGAAGCACAAUGAAGACGGAGAAAGAACCAUAGCAUCGUGCAACUGUGUAAUCGUGUCGCAGAAAAAAUUACUCCUCCUACAUGAGCAGAAUAAAAUGAUACAUAAUUAUGUCUAUAGAAAUUUAGAGCUAACUGAAAUUUUGCCUCAAAAUAAUGAGCACAUAAAAUUGGUUGACCAUGUCUCGUUAGCUAAUUCCUUGCCAGAUAUUUCCUUCUACUUCUACAUGUCUCACGAAUUGAUGCACACAUAUUUAUGGGUUUCGCAUUUGGACACAUCUGUGCACUUUGAGAAAAUAAAAAAAAUUGUAAAGAAGCUGCACAUGAGGUCUUUUCAUAUAGAAAGUCAGAAUAAACGUGGGGGUAAAUUCCACAAAAGUUUAGCUUAUUAUUUGUCGCCUGAGUUGGAGGAAGCUCUAUGCGUGUUUGCUUCCGUUCAGUUUAUGCAUCACGUACGGGAGGUCAACGUAGGUGAGUGCGAAAGGGGACAUUCCUAUAAUUUUGAAGAUCAAAGUAUCCAUGAUCGAGAAUGUGAACUGAUAAACUACUACAUCAGAACAUGCGAACGAGGUGGAUCCCCCAUGUAUGGUAAAAAUUAUCGAGAGCUAAAAAGAAUUAUGAAGAAUUAUACGCUGGUGGAUAUUCUACAAAUCAUUGGCGACAUAAGGCGCGCACGAUUUUACCCGAUGGUAACUCUGCGAUUACUUCGGGCUGUGAUUUCCUUUAUCCGUGUUGUAAGUUAA